GGUGGCCAAAAAGGGGUGGUAAACAAUCACCUGUCAGUUCAUGUGAUAAUAUUUUCAUUGAAAAACAGUAGCUUGUUCAAAGUGCGACGAACUAUUCGCUUGUUCAUAGCUGGGAAACAUGGAUCCGAAUGUGGAUGAUGCCAAAAUCGUGAAAGAAACACUGCAUGCAGGAAACAAAGUGGUACCAUUCCAGGACGGAACCAAAGUUCGAUUCCACUAUCAAACGAAGAAACUGGACGGCACGGUCCUAGAUGACAGUCGCAAACUGAACAAACCGAUGGAGCUGGUGCUGGGGAAAAAGUUCAAACUGGAAGUGUGGGAAGUUUGCGUCCAGAGAAUGGCUCUGCACGAGGUGGCCCGCUUUCGAUGCGAUCGGUCCCUCGUACAGCAGUACCCGUUCGUAUCGAAAACGAUCCGAGACUCGCUGAAACCGGCCGAUCAACGAAAACAUUGCUGCGGGAUGACCAUUCAGAACGAAGGCAUCGGCUAUAAGGAUCUCGAUGAAAUUUUCAACAAUCCGCAGGAUCUGGAGUUUGUGCUGGAGAUUUUAUCGAUCGAAAGUCCGGAAGAGUACCAGAAGGAAUCGUGGCAGCUGAAUGACGACGAAAAGUUGGAACAGGUCGGAAAGCUGAGAGAAAAGGGUAAUGAAUGCUACGCCAGAAAGGAUUUUUCCGGGGCGGUAGAUGCAUAUUCCUAUGCGACGGGACUGGUGGAACAGCUGAUGUUGAAGGAAAAACCGAACGACACGGAAUGGUUGGAAUUGGCAAAGAUCAAGGUUCCCUUACUGCUGAACUUUUCCCAAUGCAAACUGUUAGAGCACGAUUACUACGCAGUGAUCCUACACUGCAGUGAGGUGCUGGACAAAUACGACAAAGGCAACGUGAAGGCGCUAUUCCGCAGAGCUAAGGCACACGUCGGUGCUUGGAAUCCCCGCGAGGCGCAGAGGGAUUUUGAACGAGCGGCCGAACUGGAUCCGGCGCUUGCCACCACCGUUAGUAAAGAGUUGAAAAACUUACAGGAACUGAUACGAAAAAAAGACGUGGAAGAUAAGCAGAAGUUUCAGAGAAUGUUCUAAGUUCUAAGUGGGACUUUACAGUUUAAUUCGUACAAAUGGUUUUGUAAUGUGCCGUGAGACUCUGUGAAAUGUAUGGUUGUUGCAUUUAGAUCAAUAUAAAUGUUUGUAUAUAUUUGUGCUAGAAAAUAACGGAUGAA